AUGGAUACGUGCAACUGCCUGUUAGGUGGCUGUGCGCAGGAGCUUCCUGUGUUUGGAGUAAUAGGAGGAGUUCUCCUGACUGGUGUUACUGAUGAGCUGUGCUAUAACAUCAAGGGAGAGCCAGAACUGAACGAACUGAAGACUCAGAACAGACCAGUAAUGCUUUCUGAAGCGCAGAGAACGAAAGAUCACUUCCAGCAUAUCAUAAUUGCAGCUACUUCUGGAAUAAGCGAUGGAUUCACAAUAUCUACCUUUGGUGAUCUGAAGCUGCUGUGUCUAAGUCUGACCUUUUCAGAUAUUCCUCACAUUGUCUGUCUGAAAAUCAACUAUAGGUACUAUCUUGCUUACUGGAAAGGACAACAGGAAGCACAAGGAGUGGAUAUUGAGGAAGCUUGGAAGUGCCAGUUUUGUGACUACUUGGAGAUAUGA